UAGUUCCUGACUCUCCCGGAAGCGGAAGUGACGUCGGCAGAGGAGACGGAUCCGGGCUGCAAAGGAGCGUUGGGCGCUGCGGCUCUGCCUGGCUCGCGUGGGGCCGUUGGAGCCUCUCCCGGGCCGGAGAAGGGUGAACAAGAAAAGGAGCAGCCAGAGGAAAAGCCAGUUCCUGACAACAUAUUCCUCCUGCUGUCGUGGGGCUGCAGAAUGAUGUCCACGUUUCAUUCCAUUUAAUCAGAUCCUCCCAUGGCACAGGGGAGAGAAAUGGCUGCAGUGGAGCCAGCUCAGGGGCCGGUGACCUUCGAGGAGGUGGCUGUGUAUUUCACCAGGGAAGAGUGGGCUCUGCUGGACCCCACUCAGAGAGCCCUCCAUAGGAAUGUCAUGCAGGAGAACUAUGAGAAUGUGACCUCGCUGGGAGAGAGGCCCUAUGAAUGCUGUGAGUGCAAAAAAUGCUUCACUAGCAGCUCAGACCUUUCUAAACAUCAGAGAAUCCACACAGGAGAGAGGCCCUACGAAUGCAGUGAGUGUGGGAAAAACUUCACUCACAGAUCAAGCCUUUCUGUUCAUCUGCGAAUCCACACAGGGGAGAGGCCCUACAAAUGCAGUGAGUGUGGGAAAAGCUUCACUAGUAGCUCACACCUUUCUAAACAUCAGAGAAUCCAUACAGAUGAGCGGCCCUAUGAAUGCAGUGAGUGUGGGAAAAGCUUCACUCAGAGAUCAGGUCUUUUUCAACAUCAGAAAAUCCACACAAAGGAGAAGCCCUAUGUAUGCAGUGAGUGUGGGAAAACUUUCAAUCGCAGCUCGCAUCUUAUUACUCAUCACAGAAUCCACACAGGAGAGAAGCCCUACGAAUGCAAUGAGUGUGGGAAAAACUUCACUCACAGAUCAGCCCUUUCUGUUCAUCAGAGACUCCACACAGGGGAGAGGCCCUACAAAUGCAGUGAGUGUGGGAUAGGCUUCACUAGCAGCUCACAUCUUUCUAAACAUCAGAGAAUCCAUACAGAUGAGAGGCCUUAUGAAUGCAGUGAGUGUGGAAAAAGCUUUACUCAAAGAUCAGCCCUUUUUCAACAUCAGAGAAUCCACACAGGGGAGAGGCCCUAUGAAUGCAGUGAGUGUGGGGAAACCUUCAAUCGCAGCUCACACCUUAUUACUCAUCAGAGGAUCCACACAGGAGAGAGGCCCUACGAAUGCAGUGAGUGUGGGGAAAGCUUCAUUCAAAGAUCAGGCCUUUUCCACCAUCAGAGAAUCCACACAGGGGAGAGGCCCUAUGAAUGCUAUGAGUGUGGAAAAUGCUUCACUAGAAGCUCAGCCCUUUCUGUUCAUCAGAGAAUCCACACAGGGGAGAGGCCCUAUGAAUGCAGUGAGUGUGGGAAAAGCUUCACUCACAGAUCACGCCUUUUUCACCAUCAGAGAAUCCACACAGGGGAGAGGCCCUACGAAUGCAGUGAGUGUGGGAAAACCUUCAAUUGCAGCUCGCACCUUAUUAGUCAUCAGAGCAUCCACACAGGAGAGUGGCCCUAUGAAUGCAGUGAGUGUGGGAAAAACUUCACUCACAGAUCAGCCCUUUCUCUUCAUCAGAGAAGCCACACAGGGGAGAGGCCCUAUAAAUGCAAUGAGUGUGGGAAAACCUUCAGUCGCAGUUCGCACCUUAUUAGUCAUCAAACAAUCCACACAGGAGAGAGGCCUUAUGAAUGCAGUGAAUGUGGGAAAAACUUCACUCACAGAUCAACCCUUUCUGUUCAUCAGAGAAUCCACACAGGGAAUAGGCCCUAUGAAUGCAGUGAUGAGUGUGGGAAAAACUUCCAUUACCGCUCAGCCCUUAUUCGACAUGAGAUAAUCCACACGAAAGAGAGACCCUACGAAUGCUGUGAGUGUGGGAAAAGCUUCAAUCAUACCUCAGCCCUUAGUAGGCAUCAGCGAAUACACAGAGGAGAAAGACCCUAUGAAUGCUGUGAGUGCGGGAAAAACUUCACUCAGAAAUAUACCCUUAACUCUCAUCAGAGAAUCCACACAGAAGAGCGACCCUACGAAUGCUGCAAGUGUGGGAAAAGCUUCACUCAGAGAUCAGCCCUUAUCUCUCAUCAGACAACGCACACGGGAGAGAAACCCUACGAAUGUUGCGAGUGUGGAAAAAGCUUCUCUCGGAGCUCAAACCUUACUAUGCAUCAGAGGAUCCACACAGGAGAGAGACCUUAUGAAUGCCGUGAGUGCGGAAAAAGUUUCAGUCAAUUCUCCUCCCUUAUCUCUCACCAGAGAGUCCACACAGGAGAGAGACCCUAUGAAUGUUGCGAGUGUGGAAAAAGCUUCUCUCGGAGCUCACACCUUACUAUGCAUCAGAGGAUCCACACAGGAGAGAGACCCUAUGAAUGCAGUGAGUGCGGGAAAAGUUUCACUCACCUCUUCUCUCUUAUCUCUCACCAGAGAGUCCACACAGGAGAGAAACCCUAUGAAUGCAGUGAGUGCGGGAAAAGCUUCUCUCGGAGCUCAACCCUUGUUACACAUUACAGAGUCCACACCGGAGAGAGACCAUAUGAAUGCUGCGAGUGUGGGAAAAGCUUUACUCAUAGUUCAGUUCUUCUUAAACAUCAGAGGAUCCACACAGGGGAAAGACCCUAUGAAUGCCGCGAAUGUCAGAAAAGCUUCACUCACAGGUCAUCCCUCAUUAAGCAUCGGAGGAUACACACUGGAGAGAGACCCUAUGCGUGCUGUGAGUGUGGCAAAAACUUCAUUGACCGUUCAGCCCUUAUUAAACAUCAGAAAUUCCACGCGGGAGAGAGACCCCAUGAAUGCAGUGAGUGCGGGAAACGCUUCACCCAGAGCUCGGACCUCAUUACGCAUCAGCGAAUCCACACGGGAGAGAGACCCUAUGAAUGCAGCGAGUGCGGGAAAAGCUUCACUCAGCGAGCAUCCCUCAUCAAACAUCGGAGAAUCCACACCGGCGAGAGACCCCAUGAAUGCUGUGAGUGCGGGAAAACCUUCACUCAGAGCUCAGGCCUUGUUCGACAUCAGAUAAUCCACACGGGGGCGCGAUCCUACGCGUGCGCCGAGUGCGGAGAAAGCUUCUCUCGGCGCUCGAACCUGAUCGUGCAUCAGAGAAUCCAUACCGGGGAGCGACCCUAUGGGUGCUGCGAGUGCGGGAAAAACUUCAUUGACAGCUCAUCGCUUAAGAAGCAUCAGCGGAUCCACACAGGGGACAGGCCUUACGGAUGCGGCGAGUGCGGGAAAACCUUCACUCGCAGCUCAAACCUCAUCACACAUCAGCGAACCCACACAGGGGAGAGACCCUACGAAUGCAGCGAGUGCGGGAAAAGCUUCACUGACAGCUCUCUCCUCAUUAAACAUCAGAGGAUCCACACGGGGGAGAGGCCCUAUGAAUGCGGCGAGUGUCAGAAAAGCUUCACAGACAGCUCAGACCUUAUUAAGCAUCAGCGAAUCCACACCGGAGAAAAGCCCUAUGAAUGCGGCGAGUGCGGGAAAAGCUUCACUGACAGCUCAGACCUCAUUAAGCAUCAGAGAAUCCACACGGGAGAGAGGCCUCAUGCGUGCUGCGAGUGCGGGAAAAGCUUCACGCAGCGCUCGUGCCUUGUUAAACACCAGCGGAUCCAUACGGGAGAGAGACCCUACGCGUGCGCCGAGUGCGGGAAAAGCUUCGCUUGGCGCUCCAACCUCAUUGUGCAUCAGAAAAUCCACACGGGGGAGAGACCCUACGGGUGCUGCGAGUGUGGGAAAAAAUUCAUUGACAACUCGGCGCUCCUGAAGCAUCAGCGAAUCCACGUGGGGGCCAGACCUUAUGAAUGCGGCGAGUGCGGGAAAACCUUCACUCGGAGCUCCAACCUUAUUAGGCAUCAGAGCGUGCACACGGGAAACCGACCCUUCCGGUGCUCGGACUGUGGGAAAAGCUUCAGCGUGAGCUCCAACCUGAUCGCCCACGAGACCAUCCACACGGGCAAUCGCCCCUUUUCCUGCUCCGAGUGCGGGAAGAGCUUCAACCGACGCGCCAACCUGAUCACGCACUGGAGAAUUCACAUGGGAAAGAAGCCCUUCACGUGCUCGGCGUGCGGGAAAAGCUUCACAGACAGCUCGAACCUCAUCCGGCACCAGCGAACCCACACGGGGGAGCGACCCUACGAGUGCUGCGAGUGCGGGAAAAGCUUCACGGACAGCUCCGACCUCAUCCGGCACCAGCGAACCCACACUGGGGAGCGACCCUACGUGUGCUGCGAGUGCGGGAAAAGCUUCAGUCGGAGCUCCACCCUCAUUCGCCAUCAGAGGAUCCACACGGGAGAGACGCCCUAUAAGUGCCAUGAAUGCGGGAAAAGCUUCAGCGUGAGUUCCAACCUUGUCACGCAUUGGCGAAUUCACACGGGGCAUCGACCCUUCACCUGCUCCGACUGCGGGAAGAGUUUCACCGACAGCUCCAACCUCACUCAGCAUCAGAGAAUACACAGGGGGGAGAACCCCUAUAGCUGCCCCGAGUGCGGGAAAAGCUUCACUCAGAGCUCGGCUCUUCUUGCACAUCAGCGGAUCCACACGGGAGAGCGACCCUACGAGUGCUGCGAGUGCGGGAAAAGCUUCAGCGUGAGCUCAGCCCUGGUCGCGCAUCAGAGACUCCACACGGGGGAGAGACCCUAUAAAUGCUCCGAGUGCGGGAAAAGCUUCAGCGUGAGCUCAACCCUCAUCAUCCAUCAGCGAAUCCACACGGGGGAGAGGCCUUAUCGAUGCUCGGAGUGUGGGAAAAGCUUCAAUCAGAGCUCCCACCUGGUUAGGCACCAGAGUCUCCACCGGGGAGAUAAGCACCAUAAAAACCUUGUCUAAGGCUGUCAAAAAAACCCACCAAGUUUUUUUAAUCCGUUUCUAAUUCCCACCUAGUGACCUUUAAGGCUCUUUGCUGUGGUCCCGCAGCUCCCCCGAGAUGAGUAACACACCGUUGGAGUGAAUCCCUUGGUCCUUUCUAUCUGCUCCUUCAUCCUGAGUCAUGACAAUGUGUGUCCCUCCUACCAGGAAUGUCCACCAGCCCCAGGUAGGGGAGAUGGGAGCCCAUCAUCUUAUAGAAUCACAGAAUCUCAGGGUUGGAAGGGACCUCAGGAGGGAUCUAGUCCAACCCCCUGCUCAUGGCAGGACCAACCCCAACUAAAUCAUCCCAGCCAGGGCUUUGUCAAGCCUGACCUUAA